AUCGAACCCUUUUGAUUUAAUUCUUUUUCAUGGAAGAUCUAUUUAGAGAUGGUUAAUUCUUUUCAUCAUUACUCGAGUGUUAUUUAUCAAAUAAUCGGUGGAAAUUCGGCUCCAUUUUUGAUCCAGAACAUCAGUUGUAAGUUCUAAUUUCUUUAUCUGUUCAAGAUCUACAAGUUCUUGUGGCAUUUGAUGCUGAUUUUUCUUUUCUUUUUCGAGAUUUUUGGUUUGAUAAACGAUACAAGACAGACAAGUGGCUUUGGUGUUUGAAGAUCAUAAAUCAUAGGCUGAAUUUCUACCGAUUAUUAUUCAAGUAUUUUAAUCAGGAAAAAAAAUCAAGAAACCCAGAGAUUUUUGGUUUAUUAUGGAGGCUUUAUGUGAUCUAUGUAGGGUAGUGAGGGCAGUGGUGUACUGUAAAUCCGAUUCUGCAAAGUUAUGCUUCCAAUGUGAUAACCGUGUCCACUCUGCAAAUUCGUUAUCACGCAGACACCCUCGUUCCAUCCUCUGUGAUAAGUGUAACUCACAGCCAGCGGUUGCCCGCUAUGUGUUCGAUAAAACGUUUGUGUGUCAAGCUUGUGAUUUAAAUGAGAAUGGAUGUUCAUCAGGGCAAGCUCAUAGCCUUGAGGAACUGAAUUCCUAUACUGGGUGUCCUUCAAAUGAAGAGUUUUUAAAGAUUCUAUCUAAGGUUUGUGAUGGAGGUCCGGAUAUCAACAUUGAUCAGUUCCGUCCAUUGACCAAUUUGAAUGUCAACGAGAAUCUUGUAGGUAAUGGAAAUAACGAUGGACAAAUGGGAUUAGUGGCUUCUAGACUUAACGAAUUAGCAUCAUCACUGAAGUUUGAGUCUUGGAUUACUGAUCCAUCUUCAGUGAUCCCACCACAUUUAACCUACUUGACACCUGCUGAUAAAGAUCCAAACCCUUUCUUCCCUGAAGGAUCAAACCUAACUGAGGAUGCCUCCAAUUUGAACAAUCUUGGACUUAAUGAAGGCGAAGAUUUAUGUGAUAAUGUUGACUUGGGUGACGUUACACUGAAUUUUGAUGCUGGUUAUGAGAUGUUCAACUGUAUUCCGCAAGCCCAAACUAGAUACCCAUCUGAGGAUAGAGGUCUCAAUUGCCUUGUGAUGGAGAAAAACUUAUCUGUUACAGAAUCAAACAGUCAUAUAGAAAAUGCGAUUGAGGCAACAUCAUCUGGGCAACAAGAUUGCACCACUUUUCAGUCAUCUCAAGUGGCAGCAUCAGCAAAUGUGAUGCAGGCUAUGAAUGGUGGAAUGCUUUUGAAUCCUGGCUGCAAUCGGAGUGCUAUGAAUCUGGGUUUUCCCACUGUCCCUAAUAAUAUGUCCCUUUCGCUAUCAAACAUAACUGGAGAGAGUAGUGCUGCAGAUUAUCAAGAUUGUGGAUUAUCACCAAUGUUCUUCACAGGUGAAUCACCAUGGGAGUCGAAUUUCGAAUCCAGCCCACAAGCAAGGGACAAAGCUAAGAUGAGAUACAACGAGAAAAAGAAAACAAGAACGUUUGGUAAACAAAUAAGAUAUGCUUCUCGUAAAGCUAGAGCUGAUACUAGAAAGCGCGUGAAAGGUAGAUUUGUGAAGGCUGGUGAAGCAUAUGACUAUGACCCUCUUGUGACAACAGAUUUCUGAGUUCUUUUUGUUAUAUAAGGCCAUGGGAUCGAAUUCUGCUGAUACUGGAACAACUGAUGAUGUUUCUGAUAAGUGAUGGCAUUUAUAAUGUUUUUCACCCACUGUUGUUUAUGAAGGCGCCUUCGUGUUCUUCCUGGAAAAAGGUAC